AUGCUAGAAGUUACAUGCAAUGACCGACUUGGGAGAAAGAUCCACGUCAAGUGUCUUGGUGAGGACACGGUGGGGGACUUCAAGAAAGUGCUAGGGCUUCAGAUUGGAACGGCGCCAGAGAAAAUUGUCCUCAAGAAGGGCUACAUGAUUUACAAGGACCACAUAACGUUGGACGACUACGAGAUUCAUGAUGGCAUGAACCUUGAAAUGUACUAUUCAUGA